AUGGUGCAAUCGCUGACUCGCGUGGCGCUGGCGCUGCUCUGGCUGCGCUCCGAGGCCGUGCCGACGCCGCGCCCGACGCUAACGGCGCCGCCGUCGGCGUACCCGACGGCGACGGUCCCGCCGACGGCGUACUACGUGUCCCGCUCGACGCUCGUCGCGCGCUACUCCUUCGACGACGGCACGGCCGCCGAGGACGGCGACAGCAGCCUCGACGGGACCAUCAACGGCGCGACGGCGACGACGGGCCGCGACGGGAGCGGCGCGCUGUCCUUCGACGGCACGGACGACUACGUCGAGUUCCCUUCCGCCGUGACCGCGGACAUCCGCGGGAGCAACUCGCGGACCAUCUGCCUGUGGGCGGUCAUCGACGAGUGGGACGAGGGCGCGCUGUUUUCGCACGGUUCCGGGGCGGAUGGUAUGGAGUUCGGGAUCAUGGCGAAGACGUCGGGAAGCAUCCAGGUCCAGCUCCACGGGGGGAGCUACGACAUGGCCGUGGCGCUCUCCGGGUCCGACGACGGCGACUGGCACCACUACUGCCUCGCCUACGACGGAUCGUGGACGCUCUACUUCGACGGGGCGUCCGCGUACACGUAUAGCGUCGCGCUCGACACGGGCUCGGACUAUGCUCUCACGCUCGGAGACCGGACGGAUCGAAACGGGAACCACUUGUUCUCCGGCUCCAUCGACGAGGUCUACGUCUACUCGAGCGCGCUCAACACAGGCUCGAUCGAGGUCCUCUACAACGCCGUCACGCCGCAGCCGACGGUGACGCCGCGGCCAACGCACGUGUCCCUCUCGACGCUGGUCGCGCGCUACUCCUUCGACGACGGCACGGCCGCCGAGGACGGCGACAGCAGCCUCGACGGCACCAUCGCUUUUUAUUACGGCGCGACGGCGACGACGGGCCGCGACGGGAGCGGCGCGCUGUCCUUCGACGGCACGGACGACUACGUCGAGUUUCCCUCGGCCGUGACCGCGGACAUCCAAGGGAGCAACGCGCGGACCAUCUGCUUGUGGGCGGUCAUCGAUUCCUUCAGCAGCGACGGGGGGCUCUUCGACUACGGGACCUCCUCCGACCUGCAGAACUUCGCGCUUCGAGUGGCCGGCACGGACGGCACCCUCAAAGUCCAGCUCUGGGGCGCCGACACGGACGUCGCGCUGUCGGGGUCCGACGACGGCGGCUGGCAUCACUACUGCCUGACCUAUGACGGAUCCGAUUGGGCCUUGUACUUCGACGGUUCGCAGGCGGCGACGGGGACCGACGCGGUCAACACGGGCUCGGACCGCGCGCUCCGCCUCGGGCAGUUCUGGAAUGACUACUUCUUCGAUGGCUCCAUCGACGAGGUCUACGUCUACUCGAGCGCGCUCGACGCGGCCUCGAUCCAGGUCCUCUACGACGCCGUCACGCCGCAGCCGACGGUGACGCCGCUGCCGACGCACGUGUCGCACUCGACGCUGGUCGCGCACUACCGCUUCGACAAGGUUUUGGCCACCGAGGACGGCGACAGCAGCCUCGACGGGAGGAUCCACGGCGCCGCGGCGACAACGGGUCUGUUUGGGAGCUACGCGCUGUCCUUCGACGGGACGGACGACUACGUCGAGUUUCCCUCGGCCGUGACCGCGGACAUCCAAGGGAGCAACGCGCGGACCAUCUGCUUGUGGGCGGUCAUCGAUUCCUUCAGCAGCGACGGGGGGCUCUUCGACUACGGGACCUCCUCCGACCUGCAGAACUUCGCGCUUCGAGUGGCCGGCACGGACGGCAGCCUCAAAGUCCAGCUCUGGGGCGCCGACACGGACGUCGCGCUGUCGGGGUCCGACGACGGCGGCUGGCAUCACUACUGCCUGACCUACGACGGGUCGACAUGGUACCUGUACUUCGACGGGAACGAGGCAGGGUCUGGCACGAGCGCGGUCAACACGGGCUCGGACCGCGCGCUCCGCCUCGGGCAGUGGAACCUCGGAGACGACAAUGAAGGCUACCUCGACGGCUCCAUCGACGAGGUCUACGUCUACUCGAGCGCGCUCGACGCGGCCUCGAUCCAGGUCCUCUACGACGCCGUCACGGCCGCGCCGACGGUGACGCCGCUGCCGACGCACGUGUCGCACUCGACGCUGGUCGCGCGCUACCGCUUCGACAAGGUUUUGGCCACCGAGGAUGGCGACAGCAGCCUCGACGGGACGAUCAACGGCGCCGCGGCGACAACGGGUCUGUUUGGGAGCGGCGCGCUGUCCUUCGACGGGACGGACGACUACGUCGAGUUUCCUUCGGCCGUGACCGCGGACAUCCAAGGGAGCAACGCGCGGACCAUCUGCUUGUGGGCGGUCAUCGAUUCCUUCAGCAGCGACGGGGGGCUCUUCGACUACGGGAGCUACUCAGAUUAUGAGAACUUCGCGCUCCGGGUGCACGGCACGAGCGCGAGUCUCAAAGUCCAGUUAUUUGCCGCCGACACGGACGUCGCGCUGUCGGGGUCCGACGACGGCGGUUGGCACCACUACUGCCUGACCUACGACGGAUCAGACUGGGUCCUCUACUUCGACGGGUCGCAGGCGGCGACGGCGACCGUGGCGGUGAACACGGGCUCGGACACCGCGCUCCGCCUCGGGCGAUGGGCAGGUGGGGACUACCUCGACGGCUCCAUCGACGAGGUCUACGUCUACUCGAGCGCGCUCGACGCGGCCUCGAUCCAGGUCCUCUACGAUGCCGGGUCGACGCCCGCGCCGACGGCGACGCCGCGGCCGACGCACGUGUCGCACUCGACGCUGGUCGCGCGCUACUCCUUCGAUGACGGGACGGCCGCCGAGGACGGCGACAGCAGUCUCGACGGGACGAUCAACGGCGCGACGGCGACGACGGGCCGCGACGGGAGCGGCGCGCUGUCCUUCGACGGGACGGACGACUACGUCGAGUUUCCUUCGGCCGUGACGGCGGACAUCCAAGGGAGUAGUUCGCGGACCGUGUGCUUGUGGGCCUUGAUCGACGACUUCAGUGGCGAAGCGGGUCUCUUCGACUACGGGGCUUACUCCGACCUCGCGAACUUCGCGCUUCGAGUGGCCGGCACGGACGGCACCCUCAAAGUCCAGCUCUGGGGCGCCGACACGGACGUCGCGCUGUCGGGGUCCGACGACGGCGGCUGGCAUCACUACUGCCUGACCUACGACGGGUCGGCAUGGUACCUGUACUUCGACGGGAACGAGGCAGGGUCUGGCACGAGCGCGGUCAACACGGGCUCGGACCGCGCGCUCCGCCUCGGGCAGUGGAACCUCGGAGACGACAAUGACGGCUACCUCGACGGCUCCAUCGACGAGGUCUACGUCUACUCGAGCGCGCUCGACGCGGCCUCGAUCCAGGUCCUCUACGACGCCGUCAGCACCGCGCCGACGGUGACGCCGCUGCCGACGUCGAACUUCUUCCAGGCCACGCUGGUCGCGCACUACUCCUUCGACGACGGCACAGCCGCCGACGACAGCGACAGCAGCCUCGACGGGACGAUCAACGGCGCGACGGCGACGGCAGGUCUGUUUGGAAGCGUCGCGAUGGCCUUCGACGGCGUGGACGACUACGUCGAGUUCCCCUCGGCCGUGACCGCGGACAUCCAAGGGAGCAACGCGCGGACCAUCUGCUUGUGGGCGGUCAUCGAUUCCUUCAGCAGCGACGGGGGGCUCUUCGACUACGGGACCUCCUCCGACCUGCAGAACUUCGCGCUUCGAGUGGCCGGCACGGACGGCAGCCUCAAAGUACAGCUCUGGGCCGCCGACACGGACGUCGCGCUGUCGGGGUCCGACGACGGCGACUGGCAUCACUACUGCGUGACCUACGACGGGUCGGCAUGGUACCUGUACUUCGACGGGAACGAGGCAGGGUCUGGCACGAGCGCGGUCAACACGGGCUCGGACCGCGCGCUCAAACUCGGAAUGUGGGACCUUAGCUCCUACCUCGACGGCGCCAUCGACGAGGUCUACGUCUACUCGAGCGCGCUCGACGCGGCCUCGAUCCAGGUCCUCUACGAUGCCGGGUCGACGCCCGCACCGACGCAGACGACGGUGCCGACGCCGAACUUCUUCCAGGCCACGCUGGUCGCGCACUACUCCUUUGACGCUCGCGUACGAUGCGCGGACGACCACGUCGGCGACGGCAGCCUCGACUGCACGAGAAGCGGCACGAAGGCGGUGAAGGGCCGCGACGGCAGCGGCGCGCUGUCCUUCGACGGGACGGACGACUACGUCGAGUUCCCUUCUGCCGUGACGGCGGACAUCCAAGGGAGCAACGCGCGAACCGUGUGUCUGUGGGCGGUCAUCAAUUCCUUCAGCAGCGACGGUAGCGAAUACGACCUCGGCGCGGGCCUCUUCGACUACGGGGAUUACUCCGACCUGGAGAACUUUGCGCUUCGAGUACACGGCACGGACGGCAGCCUCAGAGUCCAGCUCUGGGGCGCCGACACGGACGUCGCGCUGUCGGGGUCCGACGACGGCGACUGGCAUCACUACUGCCUGACCUACGACGGAUCGGACUGGGCCCUCUACUUCGACGGGACGCAGGCGGCGACGGGGACCGAAGCGUUGGACACGGGCUCGGACAACGCGCUCCGCCUCGGGCAGUUCUGGAAUGACUACUUCUUCGAUGGCUCCAUCGACGAGGUCUACGUCUACGCGAGCGCGCUCGACGCGGCGUCCAUCCAGGUCCUCUACGACGCCGUCACGGCCGCGCCGACGGCGACGCCGACCGCGAUACCCUCAGCGACGCCGCGUCCAACCCGCGCCAUCACCGACGUCGACGCCGUCCAGCGCACCGUCGGGGCCCCCGAGGAAGUCGCGUGCUUCCCCUCGCCGGAGUCGUGGAGCUGA